AUGGGGUUUGGACGUGCGGGCGUCGUGGCGGCGCUGGCGAGCUCCGCGGUUUCUCUCGCGGUGCACAAUGACCAGGCUGGCACAGCCAGCGGGGCCACGCGGGGGAAUGAGACCAGGUCGACGCAGUUCAUCAAAGCCACCAUGGUGUUUGGACUGAACUGUGGCUACGCAACCCUGGCUGACGUGAACUUUCUGUCGUCGGGCGGAGCCAGCAUCGACAUCAAGCUGGCCAACUACCAGGACGACCAUCGCGGCUCGGCAUGGGGAGCCUGCACCCUGGUGGGCGGCAACUCGAAUUGCUGGUGGGAGGGCUACGGGUCGGUGGCCCCAGUGUACACGGUGCACGACCCCCUGACCUCCAGAGACGCAAGGUUCAUGGACUGCGUUGGCCCCGAGCCCUCGCCCAUGGAGAUUCGGACCCUCACGGUGCAAGGGCAGCAGCACCCUUGUCAGUGCACUGGCGGCUACUACAAGGGAUACCCGUGCCAGGCUUCCAAUGCUGCGGGUAACCAGUGCCAUUGGUUCAUCUUUGAAGUGGAGGGGGGUGACACCGUGGCGAGCGUCGACGUGACCGCGAACGGUUGCGGCUACAACUCGGGGCUGAACUACGCGGAGUUCACCCCGUGCUCGUCAGCAGACCGUGCUACGUGCACCGACGAGGUCAUCGCGACGGUGACGAGAGCAGACUGCUCAUCCGCUCCCGCGCCCGCCCCCGUCACUGCCCCCGCCGGGAGUGCGGGCGGGGCGGGCGGGGGCGCUGCUGCCGUCGGCGACCCCCACCUGCAGAACGUCCACGGUGAGCGGUUCGACCUGAUGAGGGAGGGCCAGCACGUUCUGAUCAACAUCCCCCGUGGAGCGAGCGCCCCGAAGGCCCUGCUCCGCGUGCAGGCCAGCGCGCGUCGCCUGGAUGGGCGCUGCGCGGACAUCUACUUCCAGGAGCUGAACGUCACAGGGUCCUGGGCAGAGGCGAAACAGACUGGGGGUUAUCGUUACAGCGCAUCGCAGGCAGACAGCGAGACUCCAGAAUGGGUUGCCUUUGGCAACGUUGACCUGAAAGUCGUCCAUGGACUCACGGACAGCGGCGUUCGCUACUUGAACGUGUACGCGAAGCAUUUGGGCCGAUCAGGGUUUGUCGUGGGCGGCUUACUGGGAGAAGACGACCACGCCGACGUCAUCACUCCCCCGGAGGCGUGUGCAAAGCAUUUGGCUCUGGUGGACAACCUGGAAGGAGACUUCAGGGCCCCCGCUGUGCGGUCAGAGGCAGUCGCGAGCCUCGCGUGA